ACGCAGAGCAGCACAGACCGAAUCUCCCACAGCACCCUGUACAUCACCACAGCACCCUGUACAUCACCACAGCACCCUGUCUGUCUGCCUGCCACUGGAUCUAUCACAGCCUGCAUGGCACUCUGAUGCGACUGUGGAGGAAACAAACUGGGAUUUGGAAUGGAACUGCAGUUCUCUAAGAAUGGAACGUCCUGCGUGGAGCCGGGUGGGAUGAAUUUGGACAGUAUACCCGAAGCCGUGAGACCCCCGCCUGCACGCGACAUGGCCUCCACCUUUCACCUGCCGAGAUCGUCAGACAGCGCUCGAGAGCCCAUAGAGAAUUCGAGCAGCGAGUCGUCAGACACGGAGAUCGCAGAGAGAGAUAGGAGCGCAGAACACAGAAGUAACGACGGGAAUGUGGAGGAGCCGAGCAGGAAGAAGAAGCAGCGGAGACAGAGAACACACUUCACCAGCCAGCAGCUUCAAGAGCUGGAGUCCACGUUUCAGAGGAACCGCUACCCCGACAUGAGUACGCGGGAGGAGAUCGCGGUGUGGACCAGCCUCACCGAGGCCAGGGUUCGGGUCUGGUUUAAGAACCGCAGAGCGAAGUGGAGGAAGCGGGAACGCAACCAGCAGAUGGACCUGUGUAAAAACAGCUACCUUCCGCAGUUCAGCGGGCUCAUGCAGCCCUACGAAGACAUGUACCCAGCCUACACCUACAACAACUGGGCAAACAAGGGCCUGACACCGGCUCCUCUGUCCACGAAAAACUUCACUUUCUUCAACUCCAUGAGCCCGCUGUCCUCCCAGUCCAUGUUCUCAGCCCCCAGCUCAAUCUCGUCCAUGGCCAUGCCGCCCAGCAUGGGCCACACCGCCGUGCCGGGCAUGUCGACGAGCAGUCUGAACAACAACAUCAGCUCUGCAAUGUCUUCGUCCGCCUGCCACUACGCGCCGCCGGGUUCCCCGUACAGCGUGUACAGAGACACGUGUAACUCCAGUCUGGCCAGCCUUAGACUGAAAUCCAAACAGCACCCCUCUUUCGGAUACAGCGGGCUGCAGAGCCCCGGCUCCAGUCUCAAUGCUUGCCAGUAUAACAGCUGACGGACUGGCUGCCAUGAGUUACUGGCGUUUGGAAAUAUAUGGACCAGGUCAUCGCGCAAAAGACAACUAAACUGGAUUCGUUGCAACGUUGUGUUUUUUUUAAUGGAUGACGCGGGUUGUACGUGUUUACCUAUAAACUUGCACCGCAGUGUUUUAAAUGUCCCCCCUUUUUUGGACUAGGUAGUGGUGGAAGACUUUAUAAAUGUAAAAAUAAUAAUAAAAAAUAAAUUGUAAAAUUAUACUAGGACCAGAAAAUGCAGACCUGAGCACCCGAUACGUUUCGUGUGUGUGUGUGUGUUUACGAUGUUUAUGAUAAACGUUGAUGAUUUAUUGACCAUUCAGUGACUUUGAUGCUGGAUUGGGGAAAAUUAUAAGACACGUGGGACAUUCAUAAGAAAUUGGUGUUUUAUUGUUGGUAAAAAAAAGAGAAGGAUCUGUGAUUUCUAUAUACGCUUUUAUACUGUUACCUUUAGUUAUUGUGUUUUGGCAAUAUUAGAAAGUGCUGGAAAUGCAUGAUCCUGUGUUUUACAGACACACACACGUAUAUAUAUAUAUAUAUAUAUAUAUAUAUAUAUAUAUAUAUAUAUAUAUAUAUAUAUAUAUAUAAACAGCUUCAAUUGUAUACUUCUUGUCUAGAAUAUAUGUUUCCACAAAGAAAAGGUGAAUAGAAAGCGCCUGUGUUACUUGAGUGAGCGGGUGUUCACAAUAUUUGAACUGAUCCCUACGAGUGCUCUUCACACGCAGGAGCUGCAGAGGCAGGUGUAUUUAAUGGUUAUGUAGAGAGCUGCAGAGGAAGGUUGUCUGUGUAUUGCUUGUAUUUAAAAGUUAUGUCCCACAGCAGCUCAAGCGGGUGAAGCAGAUCGUUUUCAUCAAGUCAGUUGUAAGUGUAAUUAAAUGUAAAUGCAUUAUAAUAUCCUGUCAUAAAACAGGAUGCAGUAUGUCCUUUUGAUAAGUUAUGAAUGUGACAUUUUCCAAGCUUAAGAGCAUUAGAAUAAAUCUACUUAAACGCUU